AUGCCUACUUUGAAGACCCCACGGGCCCUCAGACGCAGAACAUUGGAUACCAAAAUGAUCCCGCUGGUCCUGAUUGAACACGCCGACCCGGCCCCCGGAUCCUCCAUCACCGCUCCUUCACGCCCGCCAUCAACCCUAAACUCGAGUGAACACGCAUCUGGCGCUGAAUACCAGCAUAGCGCCCCUGUACCAACACAGGCUGCUAAUGACGCCAACAAGGGCUUAUCCUUGGCCGAGCAAGAGGAACGGGAACUACAACAGGCUAUGGCUAUGUCUUUGAAUCAGAAUCUCGGGCAGCAAGAGACAGGUGUCACAACGAAUGAAGCGAAGUUUGGUCGAGCCACUCGUGAUCAUUAUGACGAAGGUGCCUGGGCAAUGACGCUGUUUAAUUCUACUUCUCGUGAAAUCAUAAUAAGCCCCGACCCAGCUGAUCGGAAGAGGAAGAGCGGUGAACCGGCUUUCAUACGUCCAUCCCAUGACGGCAUGUACCUGGGUGGACUAUUGACAAUCCUUCAUUCGAUCCCUCUGGCGAGAGAAGCUCUUCUGCUCAGGAAUCGACUUCUCGGGGACUAUGGAAAAGAUUCACAGUGGUGGAACGGCCAAUCCAUAACUCUUCCUAAGAUUGUCACUAUCGAUGACGCGCAGGACGGUGAUACUGAGUGGGAUGAUAUUAUAUACGAAGUGCAGCGAGUGGCAGCAUUUUUGGAUACCACCGAUCGCGCCUUUGGCAGUGCCGAUGCAUUAGCUAACCUUAAAAGCAUGUCCAGUUACGACUCGGAAGGCAGCGCGGCUAGAUUUUUGGAAUCAUGGCAAGAAGCUGCGGUCCGGGCGGACCCAGACAAUCAAUUGGCGACCAUAUUCUCGUCAACUGCAUAUAAGCGACCUCUAUCAAUUUAUGACACACCAUUGGAUAAAGAGUUCUUCCUCCUAGAUUCCUUCGUGGAGCAAGAACAUGGCCAGACUCUUUAUGAUGUUAUCGAUCACACCAUGUGGUCCGAUAGGCCGGGCGAAGAUCUUGACGACGUAUGGCUAGAACACAUCGCAGAGGUCUUUACAAUCAAGCUGGAAGGCGCUAGUAAACCCGUUGAUGUGAAGAUCCCUGCAGUUUUCUAUCCUGAUCGGUAUCUUGCAGCCAACCGAGAUCUCGCGCGGGAGUUCCGUGCGCAAAGGCUCCAGAUCUACGAGAAAAUAUUCAGACUAGAGGGAUUGAUAAAUCGCUUUUCAACAUCUAAAUCAGCCGUUCACAAAGGAAUGACCUCUAGAGAGACACUGGAAAGGGCUGCUGCUGCCGUCUCCUCGACACUCCCCAAGAGCUUGUCCAAUGAAACGACUGCUUUUACUCCAGAGUCAGCCAAUACAGAGGCACAGAGGGUGACUGAUGAGCUGAAAGCGAUAUCCUGUAAAAUAGAAGCCAAGCUCAAAGGUAUUAUCCCGGAGACCCAGCUGGAGACUAAGAAGCAGGAUGCUAUGGAAAGCCUACGGGGCUAUUCUAAAAUCCUUACUGAAGCAUCUUCUUCCGGCGAAUUACCACAUCAUAAGUACACACUGCGGGGCGUGUGUACUGAGCCACAUGUGACUUAUGUCCUAAAGCGCCGUGCGUCUGAAGGCUCCACUAAUGGAUGCGCCACCUCAACCGAGGAUGAGUACCAAUGGUGGCGGAUCAGCUUUUCGACUGACGAUGCGAAGAAUCGCCAGGCCGGGACAAACUCAGAAGGCGACGCAGCUCUGCACAACUCCGACGUCAUAGGGUACACCGCACGCAAGGUCAGGGAAAUUGAGGUCCUUCGAGCGGCCCGCGAAGAAUCAAAGAAUGUUUUGCUUGUCUACGCCAAUAACAAUGCAAUGAAUGUGCCGGAAGAACCAGCUCCUAGUCAACUUCAGAAAUUUGUGCAUAUGGACAAUCAAGCAUUUGAGGCCGAAUGUCAGGAAGCAGAUAGUACUAGGACCCAAUCUGGCCGCCAGAACCGUGCAUUGAGUGCUUCUGUCAGUCCUCAAGAGACAUAG